AUGACAGCUACUGAUAAACACAACCUCUUCACGCCAGAACCUCACUACAUCCCUGGCUAUGCUGGCUUCUACCCCCAGCUGCGCUACCAGGUGGGGAACACCUAUGGGCGCACCACGGCACAGCUGCUCACGGACCCCAGUGUGCGCAAGAGCCCCUGCUCUGUGCUGUCCCCCAUGUUGAAGCCCAAGUUCAUCGAGGACUUCAGCAAGUCCAAGCCUCCCUGGAUUCCCUGCCGGGACCUAAAUGAACCUUAUAUCCCGCACUACACCAGUCUGAAGCCCCACAAGAACUUUGCAAUCCUGGGCCAGCUCCCAUCCCAGGAAGUGGACAUCCAGGAGCCACCAGUAGAAAAUAUAUCCAGACAAGUUGUGCUGCCUGCAGGCUUCAUGCCCUACCCGCCCUACCCACCAUGCCCACCAGGAAGGAAGAUGGACUCCAGGGACCUGGGACACCCAGGCCUGCGGCUGGCAUAUGGAGAAGAGGCCUGGAAGAGCACUGUCCCUGUCCAUGAGGCCCCACGGCGAUACCAGCUGUACCACUGCAGGAGGAAUGAGUACCUACCCCCGGCCCACCAGCAGCAGACACUAGAUGUAGGCAGGUUCCAGCGGCUGCCGCAGCUGGACCACCCCAACCUGAUCCAAAGGAAAGCCAUCUCAGGCUAUGCUGGCUUCGUCCCCCAGUUCACUUGGGUGAUGGGGGUGAAUUACCGUGAUGGGGUCACACAAGCUAUGGAUGAAUUUGACAAGAAGCAGUUCCUAUUCAGAAAUCCCAUCUGUGCCCUGGGCGAGAGGCUGCCUAAGACACACUGGCCUAGCAACAGCAUCUACAGCAGCCAGGGUCUGAUUCCUUUCUACACAGGGUUUGUACCAUCCAUGCAAGACAACUACGCACUGACGUUUGGCAAUAGCACUCGCAAGGCCUAUCAGAAGGAACUGGAGAGGCGAAAUGACACACUAUGA